UUGCGAGAAUAAGGAAGAGAGAAUAGCAACGUUGAAAAGGGGAAAAUAUCCAAUCAAAUUCAAAUCAAAACCUAAUUCCAAUUCGAAGGAGAACGGGUAUCUGCUCAUUCAUCAUCGCAUACCCGUUCCCCUUUUCCCCUUUCCGCCAAACCCACGGUUUCCUGUUCAACGGAUUAUGCUUCUUCUGCCACGCAAACCCUUCCCCUUUCCUGUGAAUUCCUCUUCCUCCUUGCAAUCCAAACGGGUCUCUUUGUUCGCACUUGUCUGCUGUUGAUGUCUCAUAUUCUUCCCGAAAGGAAUUGGCUUGUGAUUCUAAACACACCCAAUUCCUUCCCAUUGCAACACACCCACUUCUCUUUCUCCAAACGCAGAUGGGAUAACAAGUUUUCUGAGCUCCAGAGUGGAUAGUCUUAAACUGAUUAACAAUUCGAUCGUAUUUUUGUUUUUUGGAGUCAAUGGAUUCUUCACAAGGGUCCACCAUUGCUGGUUUCGUGGACAAAGCACCAUCCAUUCAGAGGAGUGAAUCUAGUUUUGAUGGCGUUCCUGUCUAUGUUAAGGAGUUAAUCGCCGGAGGCUUUGCUGGUGCGCUUUCUAAGACCACCGUCGCACCCCUCGAAAGGGUCAAGAUACUUUGGCAGACAAGGACAGCUGGAUUUCACUCUAUUGGGGUGUAUCAAUCUUUGAAUAAGAUACUGAAGCAUGAAGGUUUCCAAGGAUUAUACAAAGGAAAUGGAGCUAGUGUUAUCCGCAUUGUUCCAUAUGCUGCCUUGCAUUUUAUGACAUAUGAGCGCUACAAAAGUUGGAUCUUGAACAAUUAUCCUGUGCUGGGAACGGGUCCUUUUAUUGAUCUUUUAGCAGGCUCUGCUGCAGGAGGAACUUCAGUUUUGUGUACCUACCCCUUGGAUCUUGCUCGAACCAAACUUGCUUACCAGGUGGCAGACACGAGAGGAAGUAUCAAAGAUGGUGUGAAAGGAGUUCAAUAUCAAACUGCAAAUAAUGGCAUUAAAGGUGUGCUUACAAGUGUUUAUAAGGAAGGGGGAGUUCGUGGACUUUAUAGGGGUGCAGGACCAACACUUACCGGAAUUCUUCCCUAUGCUGGUUUAAAGUUCUACAUGUAUGAGAAACUGAAGACUCAUGUCCCUGAAGAACAUCAGAAGUCCAUUUUGAUGCGUCUUUCUUGUGGAGCUCUAGCUGGAUUGUUCGGGCAGACUUUAACAUACCCUUUAGAUGUUGUCAAGAGACAGAUGCAGGUUGCCAGCCUGCAAAAUGCUGCUCAUGAGGAAGACAGAUUCAAAAAUACAUUUGAUGGACUUAGGAAGAUUGCUCGUAAUCAAGGGUGGAGGCAGCUGUUUCAUGGCGUAAGCAUUAACUAUAUAAGGAUUGUUCCUUCAGCCGCAAUUAGUUUCACCACAUAUGACAUGAUGAAGAGUUGGCUUGGCGUACCACCUCAACAAAAGUCUCGAUCAGUUUCGGCAGCAUGAUAGUGCUCAACCGUGAUGGCAAUAACAAGUCACAAUGACACCUUCUAAUUGAGACUCUAAUCUUACAGGAAUAUCUCUUAUUGAGUAUUACUGCAUAUGAUUUCUACAUAUUAUUUUUUGACGAAACCUUUGUGAUUAUAUCAACUGAUGCAAGUUUGUUUGUCAUAUCUGGAAAGUUCCUUCACAGUGCUACUCAUUAUUUGUUUAACCUCAAAAUGCAACUUGUAUAGAUUUAUACUAUACUAUAGAUACAACACGAAGGUAGUUACUUAUUUCCCUUUGAAAUUUCUA